AGUGUCCACCUCCCCAUUGGGUCAACUCCUUUUUCACCUAAAAUAAAGUUGGACAUCCUCGCUCCGUCCAAAACAAAGUUUCGAUCGCAUGGUUAUGUCGUUGCCUUUUCGGUUUAAUUGCUCAGGGAUGCCUAUGUCAAAGAAGCGUCACUAUAACCACUAGUAGAGAUGGCAAAGCCUACUUGUUGCUUUUGUAUGUAGCGGGUAAUGUGAACGAAGUAGAAGCACUCGUGUCUCAAAUGAAAAAAGAAAAUGACAAGACGUACCUUUUUCGAAGUCACGCAUGUUGUCCAGCUCCAUAACCGACCACCGCCAACGCAUUAAUAGCUACUUCAACUGCAAGUCCUCCUUGUAUAAAUUGCAUCUGCCUUGUGAACUCUUAACGGCUUCCUCUUUCUCUCUCGCUCUGAAUUCAAGUUCGGACAUCCCUUAUGAUGCAACAUUUACCUACUGCUUCUCAAAUGCAAGCAUUGGCUUUGCUAGCUCUCUGUCCAAGCUUCGGCAGCUACUUUUUGAGCAAGAUAGCAGAGAUUGCUUCUAGGGCCAUGGAAGCGAUGGUCAUGGAUAACGCGCUCGACCGAGAACCUGCCAGAGAACUGCCAGAACAAGAAGAGCUAGCCGUCGAGCGAGACGAAGAGGGUGAAGCACGCGAUUUCGAGUUCACAUUUGUCGGUGGGGGUUCAGAGUUGCCUGCUUUGGUAGCCGCUGAUGAGAUCUUCCACAAUGGUCGGAUAAGGCCUCUGUGCCCCGUCGUCCAUGAAGCUCUGCUGUCCAAUGCAUGGAUCGGAAACCAGGAUGAGGAUGGCCUUAAUAUGAGGGACUCCAGGAAAAGGCCUUCGCGGAUGCCACUUAAGAAGCUCAUGAGCGAAGAACGAUACUCCUGUUCUUCAUCCGAAGCAGAUGAACUCGAUGGGAUAGCUCCAGAAAUGUAUUGUGCGUGGACGCCAAAAUCACCAGGGGCAUCUCGGGCGCGCUCUAAAAGCAAGAGCAAUUCUACUUAUCGUUCGACAAGAUCAAACAUCGUUUGCCAAACUGACAAGUAAAGUAGUUCAGCAGAA